AUGGCAUCCAACAAAAUUAAGAUUGGACAUUAUAAUGUGCUUCAAACCCUUGGAGUUGGAUCUUUUGGAAAAGUCAAGAUGGCCAUACAUUCGGUGACUGGUCAUAAGGUGGCAAUGAAAUUUAUUAAUAGGAAGAAAAUAGCCAACUUGGAUAUGAUCGGAAGAGUGAAACGGGAAAUUCAAUACUUGAAACUUCUCCGUCAUCCACAUAUCAUCAAACUGUACGAAGUUAUCACCACGCCAACCGAUAUUAUCAUGGUGAUGGAAUAUGCCGGUGGUGAAUUAUUUAAUCUCAUUGUGGAAAGGGGUAGAAUGUGCGAGGAUGACGCCCGACGAUUCUUUCAACAAAUCAUCUGUGCUGUAGAAUAUUGCCAUCGCCACAAGAUUGCCCACAGGGAUCUGAAGCCAGAGAAUCUUCUCUUAGAUCCCUAUCAUAACGUUAAAAUCGCCGACUUUGGUUUAUCAAACAUCAUGACAGAUGGUGAAUUCUUGAAGACUAGCUGCGGAAGCCCAAAUUAUGCCGCACCCGAAGUUAUAUCUGGAAGGUUAUAUGCGGGGCCCGAAGUGGAUGUAUGGAGCUGCGGUGUCAUCUUGUAUGUGAUGCUCUGUGGACACCUGCCAUUUGAUGAUGAAUACAUACCGGCCUUAUUUAAAAAAAUCAACGGGGGGAUUUACACGAUUCCACCGUUUCUCUCGCCCGAAGCCAAAUCUUUAUUGAAUUCCAUGAUGGUUGUUGAUCCUAUGAAAAGAAUCACAAUUUCAGAAAUAAGGCAAGAAUGA